ACGUUCCGGACGUUGUUGACAAACAGGACGAGUCGAGUCACUUGAGGAACAACUUGUCUCAAAAUGCCGGCAGAAAAUCUCGAAGAACAAGGUCUGGAGAAGAACCCAGACCUCAAUCUCGCCCAGCUCAAGUUCUCUCUCACUCUGAGCGACUUCAAGAAUGAUUCCAAGAUCAAGGAGGAGCUUAUGCAGGCCAUUCAGAAGGAUAACAUGGCCCCCUUCUAUGAGGAGUGCUGCCGUGACCUGGGCUGGCAGCUGGACAGUGGCAUGCUUGAACGGAUGAAGAAGGAGAAUGAGGAGGAGCUGCGGAAGAUGAAUGAGGCCAUCGAGGAGGCGGAAACGUCAAUGGGCGAGACCGAGAUCCGGGAAGCAAACCUGAAGAAAGCAGAAUACCUCUCACGGAUUGGAGACAAGGAGGAGGCUGUGAAAGCAUUUGCCAAGACAUAUGAUAAGACAGUGUCCCUGGGCCAGCGCCUCGACCUCGUCUUCCACAACAUCCGUCUCGGGCUCUUCUACCUAGACCACUCCCUCAUCACACGUAAUUUGGAGAAGGCAAAGAGCUUGAUAGAAGAAGGAGGAGACUGGGACAGACGCAACAGGUUGAAGGUGUAUGAGGGAGUGUACUGCAUGGCAGUCCGGGACUUCAAAAAGGCCGCUAACCUGUUCCUUGACACAAUUAGCACCUUUACGUCAUAUGAACUCAUGGACUACACUAGGUUUGUAGGCUACACUGUUCUUGUGUGUAUGAUUGCCCUACCGCGCAACGACCUUCGCACAAAGGUGGUCAAAGGGUCGGAGAUUCAAGAGGUGCUUCACUCUGCAGAUGACCUCAGAUCUUACCUUCUUUCUCUUUAUGAAUGCCAGUACCACACCUUCUUCCAGAAGUUGGCGUGGGUUGAGGGUGAGCUACGCCACGAUCGCCUGCUGGCACCCCAUUACAGGUACUAUGUGAGGGAGAUGCGCAUCUUGGCCUACACACAGUUGCUCGAGUCUUACCGGUCCCUCACACUGCAGUACAUGGCCACUGCCUUUGGUGUCUCCACAGAAUUUGUUGACAGGGAACUGUCAAGAUACAUUGCUGCUAAUCGUCUCCACUGUAAGAUCGACAAAGUGGGAGGUAUUGUAGAGACCAAUCGACCAGACUCUAAGAACUGGCAGUACCAGGCCGUGAUCAAGCAAGGAGACAUUCUCCUCAAUAGAGUACAAAAGUUAUCGAGGGUCAUUAAUAUUUAGGUAGUAACGUUUUUCACUUUUUUUUUUUUUUCCCCAUUUUGUAUUUUAAUAUGUGCUUUAUUUUUCAUCUCAACCUGUCAGAAAGUUACAUGGACUCUAAUGGAAGUCUUGGUUAGAGGAUGUCGUUCUUGAGUUGGAAGUAAUUAGGGCCUAGGGAUGCCUGGGGCUGUUAUGUGUAAAUCGUUUUAAUUUAAACCAUGGAAAAUAUUUAGAAUGGAGUAAAAAUUUCUACAAUAAUAAAUGAAUAAACAGA